UUAUUUGUUUUUGUAUCUCUUUCAAUUUUGAGGAUUGUACGCGAUGAAAUAAGUGAUUAAAAAAUUUGACAAUGUUGCCCGAGGACGCGGGAGGAGUGGUCAAUAAGGCCUUCGAGGGUCUGGACGACGGCUUCCAGACCAUCGACCUCCGCGCGCGGAGAGAGGACGGCACUCUGAGAUCGGUGGACAGGAGAGAAUGGGGCGAGGAACGGGAGCUGCGUUGCGGGUGGGGCAUCUUACGACCGGCGUGGCUGCAGAGGUUCCGCACAGCCAAGUGGGCACUCUUCUGGCUUUGCUGGGCCGGAGCUAUCCAGGGUAUGGUGGUGAACGGGUUCGUGAAUGUGGUGAUCACCACAAUAGAGAAGAGGUUCGGCCUUCGCUCGAUGCAAACAGGGGUCAUCGCAGGAGGAUACGACAUGGCCUCAUUCUUAUGCCUGGCUCCAGUGACCUACCUCGGGGGUAGAACCAACUCGUCCAAGCCCCGCUGGUUGGGUUGGGGGGUGCUGGUCAUGGGCACCGGCUCCCUGCUCUUCGCACUACCCCACUUCCUGGUGCCCCCUUACAAAAUAGCUGGGGAGGAGCCCGACGACCUUUGCAUUGGGAAUGGUACAGUGUCCAGCAUGCUCGGCGGCACGGCUUCCGAGGGCGGCGCGUGGGCGGUGGGCAUCUUCGUGUUGGCGCAGCUUCUACAUGGCGCAGGAGCCACGCCCCUAUUCACUCUGGGCGUCACAUUCAUAGACGAGAACGUGUCCAAGAAGAUGUCCUCUGUUUACUUGGGUGUUUACUACACGAUGGCGGUGGUGGGUCCAGCGCUGGGCUACGUAGUGGGCGGACAAAUGCUCAAGAUUUACACCGAUUUUGUCACCGUUAGUUCAGACACCCUGGGCAUCACCCCAGCGAGCUCUGCGUGGAUCGGCGCUUGGUGGGUGGGGUUCAUCCUGUCCGUGGUGUUGUGUCUGCUGGUGGCGAUCCCAAUGCUGGCUUUCCCAUACGAACUGCCAGGAGCAGCGGAAAUACGAGCGUCGAAAGUAUCGGAAGCUCACGAGAGUGCGGCAACCAAAUCUACCGCUUUCAGCGCUUUACACGAGCUGCCGCGGGCCGCUGCGGCGCUGUUCCGGAACCCCACGUUCAUGUUCCUCAACCUGGCUGGUGCCAGUGAGGGGAUGCUCAUCUCGGGUUUUGCGGCAUUCCUGCCCAAGCUCAUUGAGAACCAGUUUGCUGUGAACGCGUCGCAGGCCGCUAUGUUGCUAGGUGUAAUAACAGUGCCAGCUGGUGGAGGAGGCACCUUCCUAGGCGGCUGGCUCGUUAAGCGCUGGCGGCUGGCGUGUGCUGGUAUCAUCAAGCUGUGCGUGGCGGCCACGCUGGUAGCUGCGCUGUUUAGUCUCUCAUUCGUGCUCAGCUGCGACGACUAUCCAUACGCGGGCGUUACUACACCGUAUAACAGCCCUUCUGUGCCAAAUGCGGACAGGUUGGUAGCGGAAUGCAAUGUGGGGUGCGGCUGCAGUGCGUCGCGCCUCAGUGCGGUUUGCGGCGCCGACGCGCGCGUGUACGCGUCGCCGUGCCACGCCGGCUGCGCGCGCGCACUGCGCCGCGGCCCGCACACGCUGUACCAGCAGUGCGCCUGCAUCCGCGGCGACACCAUGCCCGUAUACUACGACGAAGAUAAUAACACAUCGAUAAUGUACGAGGCCAUCAACAGCACAUGCAGCUCGGAGUGCCCCUACCUCUGGCUCUUCGUGUUCCUCUCCUUCUGUGUGAUGCUGUUCACGUUCCUCGCGACGAUGCCCGCUCUCUCGGCCACUUUAAGAUGUGUACGCGAAGACCAGCGCUCGUUCGCGCUGGGCAUCCAAUGGAUCCUGGUGCGGCUGCUGGGAACCAUUCCCGCGCCACUCAUAUUUGGCUUCCUCAUAGACCUCUCCUGCCGUCUUUGGGCAAACGGCGCAUGCCAACUUUAUGACAAUUUACACAUGAGCAGGUACAUGCUCGCGUUAGCACUGGUAGGUAAACUGUGCUCCGUAUUGUUCUUCAGUCUCGCAUGGUGGUUCUAUCGACCGCCGGGCGGUAAUAACAACAACGCGGUCGCACCGGCGAUCGACUUGGCUCACGAGAAAACCAACGGCGCGCCCAACACCAUCACCAACGGCGCGCUGGAGCGGACCAACGGGACGACUGCCAACGGAUAUUGUAACCAAGCCCUAGAGUGUAGUGAACACUUGUGAAUGAAUUUUUCCAAUGUUUAAGGCUUUAGAAUGUUCCCCUCUAUCCCAUGCCCGACGGGGCAUUAGGGAGAGCCAACGAGUAUUGAAUAUUGUGACCAAGCGUGUGGCGAAGAUUUGUGAAUGACCUUUUCAUUUACUUGAAUAUAGUACUUCGUGUAGCUUUUUUGGUAACAAUAACGCCAGCCACACACUAAAUGAAACCAACGGCUCAGGAAAAGUCAACUGCGAAUAAUAUGAGUUCAGGGCUAUUGUAUAAAUAUUAACAAGUGAUAAUGGUUAAUACACCGGGAGGUAUCUUUGCGUACAUUGCUCGAAGCUGGGCAUCGUUCUAGUCCUGUAUGGACUCGAACGGUGCCAAGAUUCGUUCGUUCUUUCUUUUGAUAGACGUCAAUAUUCAACAAAGGAAAUAACAGUUUUGGAGAACAGUCAAUACAAAUCAGAUAUUGCGCUGAAGUAGCAGAAAUAUAAUCAAUGGGUAUGUUUCUUAGAGCCUUAAGGCCGAAAUGAAGUUCUGCUGUUACGCCUAACUCAUAAUUGUAAUUUAUUGCAGUUAAUUUGCUUCUGUUAUAUUUGUAAUAUAUAUUUCAUUAAAAAGUUACGUUAGCAAAAUUAAGAAAUUAAGAAUGAAGGAUUUUUAUAAAUAUCCUCAAAAUAAAUUAGAGGAGAGAAUAAAUUAAAUAUUAAACUGUUGUUAUAGUAUAUUAUCGUAGAGGUAAUUGUCAAAUAAUAACAGUAACGGAUACGAAACCAUUUGUCGAUAUCUUUGAUCUAAAAGUGGGAGGUGUCCCAUAUUCGAUCCUGGGUAUAUGGGAAUUAAUAAUUUCUGAACGUUCACUGGUGUGGUCUAGUGGCGGGAGCCUUCCGCCGUGGCUAAUUACAACCUAACCGACGAAUAAGUGCGGCUAAACGAUGUUGCGUUCCGAUAUGGUGCCGCGCUGAAACAGACUAUGGGUACGAUUUUAACUGCCAUAUCUUAGAAGGUCCAGGUCAAGAUUGCAGUCAAGGACUAACUUGUAGUAGAAUAAAGAAAAGGAACACCAAUGCCUAGCUAGACCAGAGUCGAUAAUUUUUGAAACCAAUAAAAAAUAU